AUGCAUAUCAAAAUUCUGAAUUGCAAUGACAACAACAAGGCUAAUUGCGCAAUAAAUGACAUUAAAAAAUCGUUGACCGAGGGGCAACUGGACAUGUUCAAGAAAACUGUGUUUGGCAAAUUCUUAAACAUACCUCACUGUAAAUUUCAGACUCAGUUGGUCAACAUGCUAUUGUUACGUGAGGUAAACCAGCGAAGGUCUGACGAGGUUUGGAUCAAUUUUGCUGGGAAGAUGCUCCGGUUUGGCAUCGAAGAGUUUGCCUUAAUUACCGGAAUGAAAUGCAUUGGGUCUAGCAAGAAAUUAGCCUUCCAGCAAGUGACUGGCGGUCUCUUAUACUUUGCUGGGUUCCGAUUGACCAGGAACUACAUACGGAGUCAAUUUAUCUCCAAGGUAUGGAAGAAUGACGAGGAUGCAGUGAAGCUUGCAAAGCUUCACCUUCUAGCAAAUUUUUUACUGGGUGCCCAUGACACAUUAUUGCUUGAUAGACGAUAUUUGGACAUAAUUGAUAGGUCCGGUUGUGAUGAAUUUCCAUGGGGAACAGAGGUGUUUGAAUACACUAUCCAUUAUCUGAAGAAGACGUUGCACAAUCGUCGGGCGAUGCAUACGAGAAAAGACGAUGUGAAUGACUAUCUUUACAGAUGCUAUGGAUUCAUCCUAGCACUGCAGAUUUGGUUUUUUGAGAUUUGUGACGCAGCUGACAAUCUGAUUUGCUCAUGUAUAGUUGGUGAAGAUAUGCCACGUAUGUUGAAGUGGGAGGUGAAGGGAUGCUACAACAGAUUGUUCAUCGACAGACAUUUCAUGAACUUGUCACAUGACAAGUUCAACAACUUGAGCCCGACAAAGUUUGAAAAAUCCAAUCUUCAGUUAGAUGGGUUAUUCAAGAAAAAAAAUCAAUUUCUCGUAGACGACGACUCGUCAUCUAAUGGUCCAACGCACAUCCAAUCAGAGAUACUUAACCGAUUGGAUGAGAUGGGACAAAAACAGACAGACAUGGCCAACGAGCUUGAAAUGAUAAAGAAUCUGUUUAUGGAGUUUUCAACCAAGAGUGCUAAUGACUUUGCCAUGCUCAAAGAAAUGAUAUUGGAAGGUGAGGUUGAUGCCAAUGUUGGACAAGAUACUGACGUUGAAAAUGAUCCAAAAGGAAAUGAAGAAGCAGUCAACCGGUUUAAUGCUGAUGAUGUUGAUGCCCAAGUUGGACAAGAUACCGACUCGGCACAUGAUCCAAAAAGAUUCAAUGUUGAUGUUGAUGUCAAUGUUGGACAAGAUACCGACGUUGCAAAUGAUCCAAACGGAUUGAAUGCUAAUGUUGAUGUUGACACUUUCUCUCCCAUCAACACUCAAUUCUAG